GUUUCCCAUGGAGGGUUGAAUUGACUCAACGUUGCCUCCAUUACCAUCAAACAUUCUAAAUAUAAAACUACAAAUUACCUGUAAAUUACAGCUUUGAUUAGAAAAGGAAAAAAAUAAAAAUUCAAUGGUAAAAAUAAAAACUUAGUGCUCUCCCUCUUCUUCUUUCUCUUGGUUGAGAUUGCAAUCAACAAUUCUGAGGGAUCUCUUGAUCCUUCUCUCCUCUCUCUCUCUUCCUCUCUUCGUCAGAAAACCUUCAACAUUUUUCUGGUCAAGAAAAGAAAAAUCCAUGCGUUCAAGGUUUACGGGAGUUGCAAAGCUGUAACAAUCGUUAAAUCUUGAACGUAUAAAGAUUGUCUCCGGCGUGUGGUUGGUUGUACACACUCACCGGAAUCAAAACCUUCAAUAAGAGCAAUGGCGACGACUAUGAAAGGUCUUCUUAAGGGCCUUCGUUACAUUACUCAGAUUUUUGAAGACGAAGAGAAAGAACAGGAGAUGCAGAUAGGGUUUCCGACCGAUGUAAAGCAUGUUGCGCAUAUCGGCUCUGACGGUCCAGCAGCCAAUACGCCAAGCUGGAUGAAUGACUUCAAAUCUCAAGAAAAUGAGAACGCUCAAGUCGUUUCAAGAGGCAACUCCAACAAAUACAACCCUCAAGAGAUGAACCAACGUGGAGCGGGGCUAAAAGAGCUACUUCCUCCGACCAACAACGAGAAACCGAAACAUAAACACAGGCGUAAACCAGGAAGCAGCGGGAACGUUGCAUCAUCAGAGGAACCAGUGAAGCACUCAUCAAGACAUAGCCGAAGCAAACACGGGUCGAUGGACUCAUCGUCGAGUGAUCAAGAGCCUUCAGUACGUAGAAGGCGUAGUGGAGAAGGUUCUACUAAUCCUUUUCCAGAUGGUUCAGCUCCUCCACGGAAGGGUAAACCGAGGAAACACAAAGGAUCAAUAGGAGGAGAAGGGUCGGUGAGGAGAUCAUCAAAAGACAAACCAGAUACUGAGAGUUGAGUUGAUGUAACGAUAUUACAUAAAAGAAAACGAUAAACAUGAAAUGUAAUUUUUUUUUUUACGAGUUUUGUCUUAAGGGAAACAAAAACAGUUUCUGAUUCAAACUCACAAGUUCCAUUGAAGGAAAUGUAUUAAGAGAACAGUAAGAGAUACAUAUCAAUCAAUCAUCUA